CUUUCUCCACAUUUUCGACUCCAAUCAUAUCUUCCCACCAACCCGCCACCACCGCCGCCGCCACCAUCCUCCCCAAUCCACCACAAUGCAAGCCUCACUACUCUCCACACUCCCUAACCACACCACCAUUCUCCCACCCACAUCUUUCCGAACCCACCACACCCAAACCCAUAAACCCUACUCACUCUCCGUCCGAGCCACCACCGAAACCACCACCACCCCAUCACCACCCCUAACCACCACAACAGACCCAUCUCCAAAACUCAACAAAUACAGCUCCAGAAUCACCGAACCCAAGUCACAGGGCGCAUCUCAAGCUGUUUUAUACGGUGUGGGUCUGUCAGAUGAUGAUUUAAGUAAGCCCCAAAUUGGGAUAUCUUCUGUUUGGUAUGAAGGUAACACUUGUAACAUGCAUUUGUUGAACCUUUCUGAGGCUGUCAAAGAAGGGGUUCAAGAAGCUGGGAUGAUUGGGUUCAGGUUUAAUACCAUUGGUGUUAGUGAUGCCAUUUCUAUGGGGACUAGAGGCAUGUGUUAUAGUCUUCAGUCUAGAGAUUUGAUUGCUGAUAGUAUUGAGACUGUCAUGUCUGCUCAAUGGUAUGAUGGGAAUAUUUCUAUUCCUGGCUGUGAUAAGAAUAUGCCAGGUACGAUUAUGGCAAUGGGGCGCCUGAACCGGCCAAGCAUAAUGAUCUACGGUGGAACCAUUAAGCCCGGUCACUUUGAAGGCCAUACAUUCGACAUAGUAUCGGCUUUCCAGGUUUAUGGAGAAUAUGUAAGUGGUUCCAUAAACGAUGAUCAAAGAAUAAACGUUCUUAAAAAUUCGUGCCCAGGGGCAGGGGCAUGCGGUGGAAUGUAUACUGCAAAUACGAUGGCUUCUGCCAUUGAAGCAAUGGGAAUGUCACUACCAUACAGCUCUUCAACACCUGCUGAAGAUCCAUUAAAGUUGGAUGAAUGUCGUUUAGCUGGAAAAUACCUUCUCGAUUUGAUUAAAAUGGAUUUGAAGCCAAAGGAUAUCAUAACUGAAAAAUCUUUGCGUAACGCGAUGGUUACAGUUAUGGCCCUUGGUGGGUCAACGAAUGCGGUUUUGCACUUGAUUGCAAUAGCAAGGUCGGUUGGUUUGAGCUUGACUCUUGAUGAUUUCCAAAAAGUCAGUGACGAGAUACCGUUUCUUGCGGAUCUUAAGCCUAGUGGGAAAUAUGUCAUGGAAGACGUACAUAAGAUUGGAGGAACACCUGCAGUCCUACGCUACCUUUUAGAGCUCGGGUAUUUAGACGGAGAUUGUAUUACUGUCACCGGGAAGACACUUGCAGAAAAUGCAAAACUAUUUCCUCCUUUGUCUGAAGGGCAGCAAAUAAUAAGACCACCAACAAACCCCAUAAAGGAAACCGGUCACAUUCAGAUAUUAUAUGGAAAUCUUGCACCGAAUGGUUCUGUGGCGAAAAUCACAGGAAAAGAAGGGUUAUAUUUCUCUGGUCCUGCACUCGUGUUUGAGGGGGAGGAGUCCAUGAUUGCAGCUAUCUCCGAGGACCCGUCAAGUUUUAAGGGGAAGGUAGUUGUUAUUAGAGGUGAAGGGCCUAAAGGGGGACCUGGUAUGCCGGAAAUGUUGACACCAACAAGUGCGAUAAUGGGAGCUGGUCUCGGAAAGGAAGUUGCGUUGUUGACUGACGGAAGAUUUUCAGGUGGUUCACAUGGAUACGUUGUUGGACACAUAUGCCCCGAAGCACAGGAAGGUGGUCCGAUUGGACUAAUCGAGAAUGGAGAUAUAAUCACCAUCGACAUCACCAAGAGAAGAAUGGACGUUGAUUUAACUGACAAAGAGCUUGAGGAGCGAAGAAAGACAUGGACCGCCCCUGCAUACAAGGCCAACAGAGGGGUUCUUUACAAGUACAUCAAGAACGUGCAAUCUGCUUCGAAUGGAUGUGUAACUGAUGAGUAGCCAAAGUGAGUCAAGAUUAGACGUAUAGAGAACAGGCAAAAGCUUGAAUGGUGAUGGCACACGACCACAGUUUUGUCACUGCAGAUUCUUAGUGUAUCGAUAUGAGCUUCUGUUUAAUCUUUAUACAAUCUAGUUUUUCUUUUGCUUUUUAUUGGCUUGUACCAAUAUUUACAUUAUGCAAGAUUCUUGGUAGUCGGACGUUAGCACAUGUGAUUAUCCAAGAUUUUCGCCGUAUGAUAUUCUUUUGGUAAUAA